CCAGUUCUGUGAUUGCUGCCUCAAGCUCAGCCUGCGGCCUUGUGUCGUGUGACGGAACAGGUCCCGAGUAAAAGUGUUAUGGCUCAAUCAGAUGACGGAGAUGAGAACAACCGCUGUUGGAGUGGACUAAUUAAGUCUGAUCUAUACUCCUGGUUUGGAAAUCCAGUGAGUCAUUUGAUAUCACAAAUACAAACCAUGACGACCAGAGAGCAGCUUUCCUCAGCGUUUUCUCUGGAAAACUGCCUUGAAGAGAUCAGCGACUCCCUGAACCAGCUGGAGGACUGUAGGUCUGUGAUCCUCAAGCCAAUGCUGGAUUUUGAAAAUAUAUCAAAGCUGUUCUCAGUUACUAUGUUUGAGGAGGAAAAUCCAACUUUGAGUCCGUUAGAUGAUCAGGUUAAAAGCACAAAAGGGGCAGCAGAUCCAGCUGAGGAAGAAGCGCUGGGUGUGUCAUUUGAGUCAAAGUACAUUAAUUUCUUCCCACUGUAUCAGGACUUCUUCCUGCAGCCGGUGAAAGAGGAUCUGCACAGACUGAACAAGAGUGUUGUUUCUGAACAUAUAACACCCCAGUAUGUGCAGGCUGUGCAGUCCCGUUACAGCCAUGGCCGCCACUCCGAGGCUACAUCCCUUCAAUUAAGUCUUUGUGAUGCGACCCCACCCUCACCCUCACCUCCCCCAGUCCCUAGGGUGACUCCUUGUACCCUUUGGCAAGAUCUAGAUGAGGUGAAGGCAUCUGGCCUGCUCAGCAGCCUGACAACCAGAGAGAUUUGCCUUCAGGAGAGGAUGUUUGAGUUGAUUGGCUCUGAAGCGUCCUACCUGCGGAGCCUCGGAGUUGCUGUCAAGUAUUUCUUCCUGUCAAAGGCGCUGAAACAGACCCUGUCUCCAAUGGAGCAUCACAUUUUGUUUUCCAAUAUUCAUCAUGUGAUGGCAGCCAGUGAAAAGUUUCUGAUGGAUCUGGAAAUUCGACUGGGAGAGAGCGUGUUAAUAGGUCAGGUUGGAGACGUUGUGCUUCGGCACUGCCCUGACUUUCGCAGACUCUACGUGCCGUAUGUGACUAACAUGAUGUACCAGGAGGCCCUUGUCAACCAGCUGCUGCAACAGAACCGAGACUUUGUCUAUGCAAUCGAGAAGCUUGAGAGUGACCCGGUGUGUCAGAGACAGAGCCUCAAGUCAUUCCUCGUCCUUCCUUUUCAGAGAAUAACUCGUAUCAAACUCAUCCUCGAGGGCAUCCUGAAACUCACUGAACCGGGCUCUGACUCAGUUUUGAAUCUCAAUACAGCAAUCAAAGAGAUACAUGAGGUAGUGACAGAGUGUGACAACGGGGUCCGAAAAAUGAAACGAAUUGAGGAGUUGGUCUGCUUGGAAAUGCUGAUGGAUUUUGGCAAAGUAAAGUCGGUUCCGUUGGUUGUAAGUGGGCGUUUUCUGGUGCACCACGGUCCCAUGAGGCAGCUGACUGUGGAGGCUGGCGCUUACAACUCAAGAGUGUCCUUCAUCAGAGUCUACCUCCACGUCUUCAACGACCUUUUGAUCAUCUCCUUGAAGAAGGAUCAGAGGUUCACAGUUGUGGAUUAUGCCAAGUUCCCAACAUGUGUACACCUGGAGCAUCUGAAGACCGAGGUCCUGGGUCUCCCUCCAGACUCCUUCCUGUUGCAUCUCUCUCAGUGUCACACCGGACAAUCCACCGCCAUGAUACUUGUACCGAACACAAGGGCAGAUAAGGAGGAGUGGAUCAAGGCACUGUCGACAAAACACUGAUGGAAAUGUGAUUGUGCUGCUUUUUAUACAUCAAAUUUUUAUAAUCUAAACUUUAACUUGCACAUUACCAAUGUAUAUUUGGAUAAUUAGGGAAAUUCAUACGCCACUCUUAAGAUUUCUUUAAAAUGCACUUAAAUGUUCUUGAUCAAAGCACUCACAACAUAACUCAUUCAAACAUGCACUUUGUCUGUCACAAUUUGCAAACACACAAGUGAGUAAAGGGAUAUUUUUAUUUGAUCGGAAUAGUUUGGGUUUUUUUGUCACUUACAAAAAUACUGGCCUCUUUUUAAAGCAAUGUGGUUAUUUUUUUUGUUUUUUUUUUUAAUAUAUUCUUAUUGUAAACAUUUGAUGUACACUUAAGAUUAGACAAAUGCAACAAAACUUAAUAAAGAUGGAGACAAGACGA